AUAAAGUAUAUGGUGCAGUAGAGUCAGUGAAGAUGAAUAGAAACAGACUUACUCCAACUGUAGACAGAAAUGAUGGAGACGGCUCUGAAAUGAUCUCAGACUGAUGAAACCACCAUGUUUGGUGAAGGCUGGAACUGCAGCAGCAGAUGGUGGAUCUGGAUCAUGUCAGUCCUCACAGCAGGAGUUUCUUCUGGAUCUGGACCAUGUCAGUCUACAUACCUAAGGUUUCUUCUGGAUCUCGACCAUGUCAGUCUACAUCUACACACCUGAGGUUUCUUCUGGAUCUGGACCAUGUCAGUCCUCACAGCAGAAACAUCUGCGUCUGACAAAGCUCUGAUGGAGAAACAGAAGAAUUCUGAGUCAAUUCUCCAAAGAGCAGAAGGAUUAAACGUCUUUAGCUUCUUUCAGUCAUUUCAUACCAAUAAGAGGGCGGAGAUUAAAAGAGUCCAAAAGGAAGGAGGCGUGUCUUCUGACAUCAUGUGAUCAUGUGCUACAGAUUUAAGGUUAGACCACCUGAUUCUGACAGAACAGAUGCAUCAGAGACUGAUUCUUGGAGUCCGAGGACGAAAAGCAGAAGUUUUUAUCACAAACGAGACGUUCAGGUCAUGGAUAUGAGGGGGAGGAGCUUGAACCCUAACGCUGGUUUAAUCUUCCGAGCGAUAUGAAAUCUCUCGUGUCGCAGUGGUCGCACGGCUAUCGGGGCUGAUGCUGAUCAUGUUAAAGAAACGCUGCUCGCGAUAAACUAUAAUCACGAGUCAGAAGUUCAUGACAGUUACAGAGAACGGUCUCGAUCAGAUCCAGUAACGUCAGUAUGAAGUGGACCGAGUGAUUGUAGAAUCGACUGAUGGGAUGGAUCAUCACUGUGGAGGAUAAACCGAGCUCUAACGUUUAAGGCACAAUAACAGAAUUAUUAUGGGAUGUCUAAUGCUCUGUCCACAGAACCGGCUGCAGAGCAUCAUGGGAGUUGCAGUGCCUCUGUUUCAUGCUAGAGGAGUCUUCCAAUACAGCUUUGGACUGAUACCCUACAGGAGGCCCAUCCACACCGUGGUGGGGAAGCCCAUCCCGGUGGUCCAGAAUCCCAGUCCCAGUUCAGAGGACAUCAAUGGUCUGCACCAGGUCUACUUGGAAAACCUCACGGAGCUCUUCGAGCAUCACAAGCUCACCUUUGGUCUGGAUGAGGACCAGCACCUUACCUUCACAUGAUCCUGGAUCCAGGUCCUCCACAACAGCUGACCUCCUUCUGACCAUCAUGUGACUGUCAUUUGACCAUCACAUGACAGUCACAUGACCAUCAGUCCUUUAGAUGAGUAUGUGGAACAUUUUGAUGAUUCAGGAACUUCAGUAAAGAUCACAUGUUCAAUACAGAGACUGAACAGCAGGGGGCGCCCUCAGCCAGAACCAAAAGUCUUCAGGUUUUCCAAAGGACCCGGACAGACUGAGCUGGGACUGGACCUGCUGUAAUAAUGAUGAUGAUGGUGUUCAGGAUGAAGAUAUUAAAAACGAUCUGUAAUGACACGCGGCUCCAGCUGCUGCUGUUUCCUGUUCAUCAGGAUCUCUGUUUUACUGGAGAUCUCUUCCUGCUACCUAAAGGAAUUAUCUGCUUUGUCCAUGUUUACUUCCUGUUUUUUUUUUCUAUCUUUAUCUGAUUCCCAUCAUGCCUUUCUUCUUAGCCUGAACUUUAUAAUAAACCCAAUAAACAAACCAAA